UUAUAAAAUGCCUCUGUGGUUUAAUCACUUUCCUGCCUUCUGUCCGUCUGCAGCUCCUGAUAAUGCAGAUAACAAUCUUAAAGGGCGGGUUAUUUAUAAUGAGGCCAGCCGAGGAAGGGGGCAGACGACACUGUACUGUAUUUCAUGACCUUGCCAGCUCAUUGGUUUGACCAGUAAUCCACUUCCAUAAAGAGAAAGUGGAGGAUUUAGAGGGCUAUCAGAGAUUGCAAUAUAUACCUUCUUAACACUCGGUGCGGCUGGGGCUCGGCUCGUGUCUCUGUGACUCGUAGCAGCUGAAAUUUCUCCUCCGGUAAAGUAAGAACUCGAUCUGUGUCUGUUUAACUCUGUCGUUGUAGACGAGGUCGAACUGCACGCCUUUCUUUUGUCAUCUGCUCGCUCAGUCUGUGCAUGAAAACAGACGGACAUGCUUUGUCUUUUUACUGAAACGGUUAGAUAAUCUUUUCUUUUAGCCGAGGAAAUAUUAAUAAUGUGGUUUAUUUUUAGACAAACGCAUGCCUCACAGUGUUUGUUGUAGGGUUGGUGGUUUGAAGCCGUGUCGUGUGAAAGUUUGAGAAAAUGUUGUUUACUGGUAAUAAAAUAUUCUUAGAAGUGCCGCACACAUUUUCAAUUUGGUGUUAACAACUUUAACACACUAAAAGUAAAAAAAUAGAAAGUUUUAUUUGAUUUAACAGCUUUAAUUUUUCUCAUCUGAGUGUUUUUUCUCCAGAUUUCGGAGGUUGAAGGAGUGGAUUUUUUUAGCGUGCACGUGGCAAACCUGUGAUAUAUGAUCUGUUAAUGUGGUGCACUGAAAGGCAACACCACUACAAGGCCUGUACUUGAAAAUCGAUCCGUCCGUGUUUAUCUUCCUGUCAGCGCCCGGGUCGGAGGAAAACCGGGUCUAAUCUGCAGCGGCUGCCAACGCCGGUCCUUGUCAUCGAGUUACACCUGGAUUUAAUCCCUGCCCCCCAAAUUUAGACUGUUUUCUUCAUGAGAACUCAGAAGUUUGUGCAAAAAUGAACAUUAAUGUCGUCCAUUAUCGAACAGCUGUAUGUUAAAGGACCAGUCCACUUUUUCUUUCGGAAGAAGAAGCUCUGAACUUUUUUUUGAUUUGGAUAAAAGUUUUCUAUACUUACUAAAUUAAAAGACGACAUGAUUAAAUUUGUUUUAAAAGUGUUUUAAUCUUUUUAAUCUUUAUCUAAACUUUAGGACUCCAAAAGUAGAAACUCUGGAUGCAGAAUCGUCUGUAAAUCUCGAGUAUAAAGUUCGUGACGAAGAGGAACUUUUUUUAGCUUUCAGAGAAAUACUUUUUAAGGUGAAAUAUCUGCUUUUCUCUCUCUAUUGGGUCUCCUCUGUAUAUUUUUCACUGUGAGGCAAAUGAACUUUACGUGCAUCUGAGGUCAGCCCAGCAGCGAGUUAUUUUUGCGAUAUGUUCUCACGUCUUCAUCGUCCGAGGGAUGUUCUGGGGUGUUGGAUUACUGCGAACCCCACCGCUCUCCGGCCAGAGACAAUCCCCGGCUCAUAGCUCACACGCGCACCCAACUGAAGACAAAAAUCAGGGCCAAAUUUAACCCAACAGAUCUGAUCCCAUCUCCAGAGCAACAUGUUAUGUUGUGUCCUCAGGGUUUCUCUUCUGGUGUCCUAAAAUACACCGUGAGCCUUAGAGACACCCCUCUCCGGUUUGUUAUUGGUUUGCAAACACAACCAUUUGUUCCUGGAGCUGUCCGGACGUCUUUUCUUUCAAGACAAGCCUGCUGUCAUUUUUUCCCUCCAUGAUGAAGACGUUAGGAACAGCUGUAGCUCCAGGAAUAGAGUCUUAAUCCACUGUUCGUCAGAGCGCCUAAACAUGACAAACAGCUCAGGCAGCGACUGUCUGGCCUCUGAGUACCUCUGGAACCUCAAAGUCCCUCGGUCGGGGACCAGAGGGGUGUUUCUGCUCGGUCUGGAGGGAUAUUUUAGGUGUUUUGUAAGUUUAGCAGCUCAACAUUAGAUACAGUCAGUCUGAUCACGCAACUUUAUGGUCCUACAAAACUCAGACUGAAACAUGAAGUCCUCUGAAAUGAUUUGAUAACUGUAGUUGUUGCUGUAAAUUUGGAAUUUCUCUUUGUGGGACUAUUAAAGGAACGUCUUAUCUAGUUAGCGCUCACUUUCAGGUGUAAGCUUUUAUAUUUCUUUGGUUUCUUAAUCAAAGUUUCAUGUUUGACCACCAUAGUUUCCUCAGAAUAUAAAUAAAUUCUUCUUUAUUAUAUCAGCUCUAAAUGGAGCUGAAGCCGACUGAAUUUAAGGUAAUUAAACUCACUCUUCAAAACAUUCGAAAUGAGGUUAUUAUUUGGCUCUGAUUCUUUCUGAUAGAUGCCACUGAAUUCUUUGUAUUGCGUCUUUAAAAAGGAUUUACUGUUAUUUCUAUUUGUGUGUUAAAAGAUCUGAUUAUAUGACUAGUUUUAGUAAAUCAUCCACAAGACCUUCUGAAAAGUUUGCAAACUCCCAAAAUACAGUUUAAAUGGAUCAUCCUAUCGGGGUUUUUAAGGUUGAUUAAAAUCAAGCAAAUUUAAGUCAUACAAAAAUUUUAAAAGGAUGAGAAAAAUGGAUGCCAGUGUUUGCUGUAAAUGCAUUAUUUUAACACAUCAGAUUCCUCACAUAUCCACAAUGUGUGGAAUCCCAGAAUGCUUUGUGCGGCAUGGCAGCUGGUCAUAACACACGAUGAAUGGAGGCGCGUUUUAGAACUCAAUGCACCACCUCGGGGUCAGAAAGAGGUGCAGUAAAGCCGAUUUUAAAGCCUAAUAUCAAACAGCUACAUUGCACCAACUUACAAAACGAUCCCACCCCUAAUAAUGCUGAUUUAUUCAUAACUCUGAACCUCAGUGUUUUUAAAAUGCAUGAAUUAAUCCUUAUUAACGCCUUCGUAUGGUUUUGUAAAAAUAAAAACAGAGUGAUUGAGACUUAAAUCCUCUUUUUGGACCUGGUUUAAGUCUGCUGUAAAAUCUGCUGGUCUACUGUAGGUUUCUUGGCUUUUUGGAGAAAACCCCAAGUGGACAUUUGAGGAACUGCAGUUUUUGGAGGCUUUGCAUUGGCUUUACUUCUCAACGCUUGAUGUUGCCACCUGGUGGAAACAUGUCAUAUGUUGUUAAGAUUGAAGGACUCGUUUAAUCCUUUGAACGUUUUUACUCUGAAACUCUGAAAACUCGAUCAGCAGGUCUUCAUGUUCGAUUAUUUUAGACAAACUAUCACAAUCAGACGUAUAAUACACUUCCACAUUCAGCGUCUUGAUAGAGAGAGUUAAAGUUCAGGCAAGUCCAUAUCUUCACCUGCUGAUAGCAUCUUUAUCUUGACAUACUAACAUUAGAUAUUUAAUUCCUGCAGUUAGCUCGCUAUGAUGCUUUUUUAUCACUGUAAGCAGCCGUAUCUUCCCUAUGUUUGGAAAUUUGCUCUAAUAAACUACACAAACAUCAUGGUAGCAUCAAACUCAUCGCUUUCAGUUCAAGAGGGUCUUUAUUUCCUCAUUUCGUCUUCAUCAGGUACAAAGUCCGACCUGUAGGUGGUGCUCAAAGACCAGUUCAGGGGGAGUAAGAGUCAUUUUGAAUUGUAAAUUGUAAAGCGAAUUUCAUGUCAACAUGCCUCAUAGUUGUAAAGAUAUUAAACUUCACUGUCCCUCAGAGACGCCAGGCUGCUAAAAAUAGAGUUUGGGUCCUUAAGGUCCUUCAGGCAUUAACACGACCUCAGCUACAAAGUUCAGUUCCAUGAGGUUUCCUGGAAUUAACAUUAUGUCUUAAGAUAGAUCCAACAUGAGCCAAACAUGAAAUGUGAGUCAGGUGAGUUUCUGCUGCUGGACGGAGGAGACGUGGUCGCAAACAUGAAGCAGAAAACCACCGGAAACAGAAACAGAACGGUGGAGGUGGAAGAACAACGUCAGAAAUAACAGUGAACAUUUACAGAGACGGUUUACGGUGCCGACAGUGGAAACCAAUCGAGUUUGAUGUCAAAGAUCACAUGUUUAAGUGUCAGAUUUACACAGUCAGUUAACUUUUCAUUGUUAUUCUUGGAUUUACUCUUGGGAAGGAGCCACAGUGGUCUAAAUCGAACCAGGUCCACCCGCAAAUAGGCAGCAAUCAGACUGCAGAGUCAGCGGCGCCCAAACCAAUCAGUUUGCAGCCCUGUAAGGAAAAAUACCACGAUAUUGUUUCAUGUUUUCACCCUCAACCUGCCUCAUGUAUGAUUACUGUAAAGCUAACAUCACUUGUCUGUCACAAAAACAGCAUUUAAUCCUUUUUUCCCCUUUUUUUCAGUUAGGUAACGUCAAGAACCUGCAGCCAAGAUGGCUGAUGAGUGAGUCAACAAUUUAAAAUUCAUCGUUACGCAAAUUAUUUGAUCAGUUUUCGGAUUAGAGUCAUUCGUCUGAGUCACGGUUCAUGUUUGUACCUGCAGGAAGAGACUGUCCGCCAGGCGUAAGCAUACCCUGAAGGUAAGGACCGGGUCGGUACCUUUCAGUCUCCGCCCGCUGUUCCUGUUCAGAUGAGGUGUAAUCUGUGCGAUGGUUUCGUCCUCAGAGCUGUAUGCUGUCAGUGGCCGGUACCUUACUGGAUGCCGAGUCAACCGUGAAAGCCAAGGAGAGGGAGAAGUUCCUGGCGGACAAGUGUCCUCCUCUGGAGCUGCCGUACUCCAAAGAGGAGCUGGAGGUACCGUGAUCUCUGACUCAUCACCUUACUUCCUUAAAGUUCCACUCCGAUGAUUUUUUUUUUUUUUUUACAACUGAAAAUGUUCUCAGUGGUCUUUAAGUUGUGACUAUGACGUUUUUAGCCAAAAUCAUGUCACCUGUUUCAUUUUCAAGGACUUUUCUUCUGCAGAGCUCCAGUAGAUCAUUAGCGAAUUCGCCUCUGAGUCGUGGGCGGAGACAGCGCUGCUCUGCGCACUCCUCUACGAGUUAGCUUGUAGCCUAGCAUUGCCGGUGUAGUGGAAGUAGCAGGUAACAUAGCAUAAUGAAAGCUAAUAUCAAAAUUAGCUUUCAUAGGAGCGUUGCAAUCUGCUCCCGCACACGCUUGUUCCACGAUUGUCCUUGACUUCUACGAGUCUGGGGGCGGAGCUUGGAUUUGUGACAUAGGAAAUCUCACUGUGUCUGAACCUGCUGUUUGGGUCUGCCAGAGAUUCACAGAGAUUUGAGUGCAGAAGUACUCAGAAAGUUUUCUUAUGAUAUGUCCUGUUGCAUCAGAAAAAUGAACAUAUGAACAUGUAGACAAGAAGAAAAACAUGAUUUUCAUCAGAGUGGGUCUUUAAAUGCUUCUCUCUGAUUGGUCAAAACACCCCGGAUAGCAAAGGUCACUUCAGGGUGAACUUAAUCACACAACACCAAACUUUAGUUCUGUCCACUCAACAACAGACCACAGGAACUCGUGAGGGUGAUAGAGACAUCUAGCAAAGUGAAGAAAACAAUCAUACCCGUCAGCUCAGUUUGGACUUUAAUGGAGAUAGAGAGUUUAUAUAAAAACGUCAAGUUUAAUUCAACGAGUUUAACAGGAUGUGCCAAAAACAGUCGCCUGAUUCAUUUUUACUUGAUUUUGUGCGUUAAAGACCCGAUGAAAACAUCUUACCAAGCUCUCUGUCCUCUUCAGGAACUCUGCAAGAAACUGCACGAACAGCUCGACAUCAGUGAGGAGGAGAGAUACAGCAUAGAGUUCAAGCUGAACAUGGUCCUGAGUGAGGUGAGACUCUUUUUCAGGUUAAAGACUGCAAAUAAAAAUGGAUGGAGAUUCUUGUUAGUGUCGUCUUUGAGCAGAAAUCAACUCUUGGAAGUCCUUUCUUCACUCAAACACCAGUUUUGAUUCUCAUGUUGUUCUCACUGCUAAUGGCUGGUUAUAACAGAGGCCCAAAAAUUUGCUCUUAGCUCACGAAUAGUGGAUUUUCUUCUACUUCUUCUACUUUCACACAUUAGGUCAGAGACCUCAACAUAAAGAUUGUGGAUCUGAGGGGAAAGUUCAAGAGACCCAGACUGAAGAAAGUGCGUAUGUCAGCCGACGCCAUGCUGAAAGCUCUGCUGGGCUCCAAACACACGGUCAACAUGGACCUGAGGGCCAACCUGAAGCAGGUCAAGAAGGAGGUCAAAGAGGAGGUGAGCUUCUACCCGCUUCAUCCAGAGUUCAGUUUCUAGAAACUAUGUUGGCCUGAAUGUCUGAUAACUGUAUUUGUAAGAUCAACCCACCUCCAAGACUUGGAAGCAAAUCUACUCCAGCUCAGCUCGACUGUUUGUCAGAAAAUGAACGUUCAGGCCUCUUCAAAACUUUUUCAAGUGAUUUUCCAUGGUAAAGUUCUGGACCGGUGUGCAGAUGGCGAGGAUUUGGAAACACUGCCGUACACAUGGAUGGGGAUCAUCAUUUAAACGUUAUCCAGUUCUCCGUUGAAAGGGAAGCUUGACUUUCUUGAGGUUCUUGAAGACGUUCCUCCUCUCUUCCAAAAGGUGUCUUCGGUUUUAAAGUGACUGGGGCCAAAGUCGGAAGUUUAUAGACUCUGUUGGUCCUCUAGCUGUAGAAGGGCUGGGUGGCCACCUGAGAGUCUGGUCUGGUCUCGCCUGGAGACCUCCUGGGUUUCCUCAGGUUUGCCAUGAUGUUGAGCCUGUGAUUUAGUACGAAAGCGUGAUUUUGAUUGUUGUCCAAUAGACUCAAAGCUGAAUUGUAAGUCAGUGAUAAGAAGUUCCUUACCCCCGAUUUCCACCGCAUCUGGAACAGCUGCACCACGGAACGGCAACGAUUUUUGCCGUCCGCCAAUUCCUACUGCCUGCGUUUGUGAGACAAAUUUCAGCGGGAAUCACAAAAACUCACAUGAACCCACGGAGUCACAGCAAUCACGUGAUAAUGAGUUGUCUCUAUAAAGACAGCCACAUGACCAUAUAAGCAGUAGACUGUGUCCUUCCAGAGGAGGAAAUCUACUUCUACACUUAUAGAAUCAUCAUCUCCUCAUCCGUGGUGUCUGAAAAUGUUUGACUUGUUUGUCUUCGCCCAACUUCCUUUCCAGCACGGGUUAAUCUGUGCUGAAUUUAUUCGGCAGAAAAAAACAGAACUCUUGCUAUCAGCUGUAGAAUCCGUUGAACCACAGCUGAAUGGAAAGAAGCCGAUGAAAAUGGAACGAUCAGCUGCGAUCGGCGGAUACGGCCUUUUUGCAGCCGUUCUGGAUGCAGUGGAAAUUGGGGGUAAGUCUGCCACUUCUGUUCAUGGAUGGAAGACGCCUUUUUGAAGAGACAUGAAACGUCCUCAAGAACCUCAAACAAGUCCAGCUGACCUUUCAACGAAGGAUUGGAUAACCAUGACCAGGAUAAACGAGAACCUUCUUAGACAUUAAUACAUGUUAUCUGGGGUACUGGUAGGUUUAUUCGUAUGAUUACUCGGACACCCCAACAUCUAUCUAUCUACAAAAACACUUUAUAUAAGAUGAUCCUGAUUAUUUUUUAAUAUAUUUAAAAGAAUUAAACCCUCGUGGGUUUGUCUCAGAACAGUAUUUUCCCUCAAACCUCUGUGUCAUCUUCUUCCAUGAAUAACCGAGUCAAUAAAUUCUCCAUCUCAGUGUCUGAAAUCUGUCGAUUCGUCAGUUUUAUCCUCUUAACCGAAUGUCGUUUGUGUUCACAGGAUAAGCAGCUGCGCGAUGUGGGCGACUGGCGUAAGAACAUCGAGGACAAGUCUGACAGGAAGAAGAUGUUUGACAGUUAAACGUGAUCCUGUCAGGAGGUUUCUGGGCUUCAGACCGAUUUUCAGGACAGAGUUCAGGUCUGAUGUCUUUGAAACUGAGGAGUUUUAUUCCAAAGAUUCAACGUUCAGAGAAAGGUGCUCGUUUUGGACUUCGUUAGUGAUUUUCAUGAUAUUCCUAAACUUUCCAAAUGCAGUCAAACUUCUGCGGUUUGGUAGUUUUUGGUUGUUUUUGGUUGUUUUUGGAGCAGAACUCCUCAGUUUGAAAUAAUAAUGAUGAUAAUAAGCGUCCUUCUGCUUCAGCCCAUAUCUCCUUUGUUAUGUGAUGUAUUUGUAUCGUGUGUUCUGAUGUCAGUUAGUAUCGAACGUUUGCUUUUGUUCUGAGGAGGCUGAUUCAUAGUUCGAAAGAGGAAGUGCUUUUCUUCAUUCAGCUGGUUAAAAAAAUCAAAAAUAUAUCGAAACAAAGAACGGUGAACGGUCUCGAUGAAGAGCGGCGCCUCUUCGCCGAAGUAUAGAUCAGCCUGCUCUCUGUACUAAACAACAUCAUGUCAUCUUUUCUAAACUGUUCAGACGGAUAUGUGAUGUACUUUCUCUGUCCUGUUGCUGUCACAUUAAAAACAAGAGCUUCAUAUUCA